CCCACGUUAUUUGGACUAAUUUGGAAAUGGUGUAGUGCACGUACAUUUUUUGUCGCUCCCGGUGAUAAAUUUCAAGUGCAUGUUGACAAAUUAUACUGACGAAUCUUCGUAAAUCUGAAAGAGCAUUCGUAGAUACCUGAGCCACAUUAAAAAUGCCCAAAUUUCACAAGAUUGAGAUCAACAAGACUGAGUGGGAGGUGCCAGAGAGAUAUCAGAUGCUGGCACCAGUUGGUUCGGGGGCCUAUGGACAAGUUUGUUCUGCUGUUGAUCAAACGACAAAUCAAAAAGUCGCGAUAAAAAAAUUAGCCCGACCAUUUCAAUCAGCAGUCCAUGCCAAGAGAACAUACAGAGAGUUGCGUAUGCUGAAGCACAUGAACCACGAAAAUGUGAUUGGCCUGCUGGACGUGUUCCACCCAGCCUCCAGCCUCGAGGACUUCCAGCAGUUGUACCUGGUGACUCAUCUGAUGGGCGCAGAUCUCAAUAAUAUCGUGAGAACCCAGAAAUUGUCUGACGAUCACGUACAGUUCUUGGUUUAUCAGAUUUUGAGGGGAUUGAAGUAUAUCCAUUCUGCUGGCAUCAUUCACAGGGACCUGAAACCAUCGAAUAUAGCAGUGAACGAAGACUGUGAACUGAAAAUCCUAGAUUUUGGACUGGCCCGACCCACUGAGAACGAGAUGACUGGCUACGUGGCUACUAGGUGGUACAGAGCACCUGAGAUCAUGCUCAAUUGGAUGCAUUACAAUCAGACAGUUGACAUUUGGUCUGUUGGCUGCAUAAUGGCCGAGCUGCUGACUGGACGGACCCUGUUCCCUGGCACUGAUCACAUUGAUCAUCUAACACGAGUUCUUGUACUGUGUGGAACACCCACAGAAGAUACUCUAAGCAAAAUAACAAGUCAAGAGGCGAGGAAUUAUAUUCAGAGUCUACCCCCGCUGAAGAAGAAAAACUUCAAGGACGUUUUCCGUGGAGCAAAUCCACUAGCAAUCGAUCUUCUGGAAUUAAUGCUAGAACUGGAUUCAGAGAAGAGAAUAACAGCGGAGCAGGCACUGGCCCACCCGUACCUAGUGCAAUACGCUGAUCCAACAGAUGAGCCAGUCUCCCUCCCCUACGACCAGAGCUUCGAGGACAUGGACCUUCCAGUUGAAAAGUGGAAGGAACUCAUCUACCACGAAGUCGUCAAUUUCUUACCCCAACAGCUUCCGUCCACCUCAUCAGCCGGCGAGACGCCGAAUUAGCGUAAUUCCCACUAUCAAUUUACAAUUGAUAAUACCAGUGGUCUAAUCUUAAGCAGCGUAAGAUAAUAAUUAAGACGAUUCUACUAUUUAAAAUCGAAAUGUACAAACUAACAUUUACUGUACAUAAUAUUUUAGACGUCAUUUUUUAGAAAUGAUCGCAUGAUUGAAUUCAACUUCUAUUGAUUUUUUUUUCUGGAUUUAAUGCAGAGAAUAUAUUUUUUAUUCCAAUUUUGAGGUGAACAGAUGCUGUUAGUAACUGUAAUACCGUAUCGGGAAUGCAAUGAAUGGAUAAUAUGAGUGAUUGAGAAGGAAGACAAGAAUAAGGCGAUCGAAAUUUUUUCUCGAUAUUUUUUAGCUCUUAUUUUUAGCUGCAAAAAAAUUCUUCCCCAUUUCCCUUGAAUUCAGAAAUGUUUACAUCGUGAAAAAUCUUUAUUUUAAAUUUUUGCUGCUGGAAAUUCUCCCAUUAUCACGAAUAAUUGCUUAGAUAAGAAGGAAGAAACUCAUGUUGACAUCCAACUCAAUCACCAAUACUUGAUUUUUUUCUUUCUGAUUGAUUAAUUAAUUAAUAUAAAUAUUAUUGUGUACUGUGUACACUUCAAACACUGGCCCAUUAACCGAUCUAGUCGAUUAAGGUAACUAUCAGGCAGAAUCUGAGCCCAGAGUUCGGUAGAUUCCACGAAACAUCAUAUUUUAUUUUAUUUUCUUUUGUAAUUUUCUUAUUCGGUGGAGAGUUGUUUGAAUCAAAUUAAGAACCCAAGGGGUGAAAAUUGUUCCAUUUUUUUUGUUUAAUUUUUUUAUGAGGAUUCACAAGAGAGGAGUUCAUCUUCACUCUAUGAAUUUUUAUUCAUUAUCCAUUGUUAUUAGUAGUGAUUUAUAAUGGUCUGUUUAGGACUAGUAUUACACUAUUGUUUUAUGAUUUUUUUUUCCGAUUUGUUUGGUACGCGACGCAAGGAGGUGUCAGGGUAUGAAAAAUCAUUUGUAUGAAUUGCCAUUGAAAUUGAAAUUUUAUGUAACCGAUCAUUGUUAAUUUUGCUCCGAAAUAUAUAUGAUCUCA